UAUAAACUGCAUAAAUCUCCUGUGACCAGUUCGCCCCCUUCUCCUUCUCUGGAAGAAUAUUAACUCCUUCUUAAACUCCUGAUUAUGUGCAAUAUAAAAAUAAAGUGGAGCAGUAUGUCUUGGAAAAUGUUGCAAGUUCUUUGACGAAUUAAGAAAACAGAAAACACUGGUUUACACAUAUUUGCAUUUUUGGAAUUCCUAUCCCUUGGCUCCUACUAUGACUACUGCUGUGGUUGGUAGGGUUGGAAAAAUGAAGGAAAUAUUGGUGAUCAUCGCUAAGGUUGCUUCUCUUCUUAUCUGUCUUUACUUUUUUAUUUGUUCUCUCUCAUUCCUCUCCGAUAGUUUUAGAAUACUGGGGGGAAGAAAUAUUGGAUCUCUCUUCUCAAACUCAGAAAUAUUGAAGAAUCCUGUAGUCGGCGUAAUGAUAGGAGUUCUUGUAACUGUUUUGGUUCAAUCAUCUUCUACUUCUACAUCUAUCAUUGUUGGACUAGUAGCAGCAGGAGCCCCUGUAAAAGAAGCUAUUCCAAUGAUAAUGGGUGCAAACAUAGGAACAUCAGUAACUAACAUCCUCGUUGCUCUGACCCAGGCCGGAGAAAGAGAACAAUUUAGACGCGCGUUUGCCUGCGCUAACGUGCACGACAUGUUCAACUGGCUGAGCGCGUUUGUCUUGUUGAUUGUAGAGGUUACCACAGGCUACCUGGAGAAAACAACCGGGUUCCUAGUUAAUCAUAUGCACGGAGAUAUCAACGCAAAUGUAACUACAACGUCGGAGGAGAAGGGUAAAAGUCCUGACUUCUUGAAAGCUUUGACUAAACCCUUUACUCAGGGUAUAAUCCAACUUGAUAAAGAUGUUCUCCAGGGCUGGGCAGUAAAUGAUCCUAAAUAUGACAACUCUACAAUACUGAAAACAGGAUGCAAAGAUGAAGGGAUAACAGUUCCUUGUGGUUACCUGUUCGCAUAUCUAGGUCCGGACGGAGAAAAUGUCGGAAACCUUGUGAUUGGAGUUCUGCUUCUUACAAUAUCCUUGUUUAUGCUCUGCACUUGUCUCCUCCUUAUGGUAAAAACUCUCAACUCUCUUCUUGGUCCUAAGGUUAAGGAAAUAAUACAAAAUGUGAUUAACUCUGACAUUCCAAUCAAAGGUUUGGGUUGGCUGACAGGAUAUCUAGCAAUGGUUCUAGGCGCUAUCAUGACAAUCCUAGUUCAAUCUAGCUCUGUAUUUACCUCUACACUAACCCCUCUGGCUGGUGUCGGAGUAGUUAGCCUAGAGAGAGCAUAUCCUAUGACCCUGGGAUCCAACCUUGGCACAACCACUACCUCACUCCUAGCCAGUUUUGCUGCUGGUGGAACCAAUGUCAGAGCAGCAAACCAGAUCGCCUUUGUCCAUCUUCUGUUCAACCUGACCGGGAUUAUCAUUUUCUAUCCGAUCCCCUUCAUGCGGUGGCCGGUAGCUAUAGCCAGGGUGCUUGGUAGUGUUACAGCACAGUACAGAUGGUUUGCCGUUUUCUACCUUUCCUUCAUGUUCUUUAUCCUUCCAACCUUUAUGUUUCUUCUCUCCCUAGCUGGUCCUAUCCCCCUUUAUCUCUUCCUAGUUCCCACUAUCUCCAUCAUCAUUUUUUCAGUAACCAUCAAUAUUCUCCAAAACAGUAAACCAAAGAUUCUUCCUGUUUUCCUUCAAUCCUGGGAGUUCCUGCCCCUCCCCUUCCACUCCAUGGUCCCAUGGGACCGGGCUGUUAUGAAGGCUCUCAUCAUAUUCCCCUGCUGCCGGGUUAAACCCCAGAACUUCAUCCCUGACGUCAUCAUCUCCAAACCAAACCCUGAAUCUCCGUUCCCCAAGGUUAUCUACAGCAACCUCCAUAAUGUGUCUAGCACCAACUCUAUGAGUGGUAUAAUAGCUCGAGAUACUGAUACUGCUCGCAAUGAUGAAGAAUAUAAUCUGCUCAUCAACUAUGGGUCUGAGACUCCAUCCCCUAAGGAGCUGACUCCUAGGGGCAGUAUCUGAUGAAUUCUAAAUGCAUAAAUAUGAUUUCUUGCAAUUCGUAAAUUCUAAGAAUUGUAUUCUUGACUCAUAUUAGUUAAAAUAUAAAGUUUGUAUUUUAA